AUGGUUUCACAUAAUAAAAAGACAGCGAGUCCAAAACUAGAUUGGCUUGCAUUAACGGUCACUUUUAUAAUACUUUACGUUUGCCGGAUAACAGCAGUAGAUGCUCAAACAAUAUUGGGUGGGUUAAAUAGCAAUACACGCAUGCCUCCAUGUUUUUCAUUAAAUGGAAGUGAAGCAUGUCGAGCAUUUGAAAACUAUUCCAUAUCAAGUUCAAUAUCGUCAACCUGGGAUUUUUUAUACACAAUUGAAGAUAUAAAGCAAUUCGAUGAAGAAUUAAAAAAAUACGUGAACAUUAAAUACCUGGAAGACAAUUUUUCUUCGGUGUGUCCGAAUCUUAAUUCCAGCAAAAUUCAUUUACAGUAUACGACAACACUAUUAUGUGCUGAAAUGGUUCGUGAGCCAAUAUCAUUGGCUUGCACAGGAUUGAGUAAUCAAAACACUCCAAUGACAAUCAAUGAUGAUAAACCGACGAAACCGCCAGUUUUAUGUCAAGUUACUUGCCAAAGUUAUAAUAUGUCAUUGCAAUUAUUUGUCAAGAAUAGAACAUUAUGUGGUGGUGAUGAGAAUAGAGAUUUAAAUAGCAUUACUUUGGGAGCUUGUGGAUCAACAAGUAAUGAUACCACAUGCAUUUCGGGAUUAGACAAUGAACCUUUGAAUUGUGGCUUUCAACAGGAUACUUAUUCCCUUUGUCAAUACUGCAAAAAAUCAUCAUCAACAAGUUCUGAUUUAUGCUGCAAAAAAGCUAAUCUUACUCAAUGUCCAACUCCAAGUCCCACGAGUGCAAUGAGAUCUCCAACUCUUAGCACCUCGCCAACUUCCACUCCUAAUCCUCCACUGAGUACAGGAGGAAUAGUGGGUAUAGUCUUGGGAUCGGUCGUGGCUGUGAUAAUGUUGGUCUUAUUUUGCCUAUGGAGAUGGAGGUCACGUAGAAAAGGUGGGAAUUUACUGUCCAAUAUGUUGAAUGGAAUUCAAGUGAAACAAAUUGGAAGUACAAUUUUAACAACGCCACCAUUAGUUUCGGAUCCCGCAAGAAAUACUCCAAGAAAUACAUUCUCUGAAAACGCGCCACAAGAUGGUCCACGUAGAAGUGGCGAUAUGAUUUAUACUGUAGUAUUAGAUAAUGAGUCACAACCACCACAGCCACAACAGUCUACUUUAACAAACAAUAAUGCUAUUAUCUCUACUAAUCCGACUACCUCUACUAAUCCUAUUACCUCUACUCCACCAGAUCCAACUGGUAUAGCCAUACCAGAAACAUCUCCCGAAUCGACUGAUAACAACGAAUCGGAUGAAGACAUCGUGCAGGUGGUUCAUCCAUAUACACCCGUUCUUCCAGAUGAAUUGGAAUUAGCGCCUAAUGAUGUGAUUAUAAUUAAAAGGUUAUUUGAUGAUGGGUGGGCAGUGGGAAUUAAUCGUGAUACUGGAAAGGAAGGAGCAUUUCCUCUUGUAUGUAUUGCAAGUCCCGAAAUCGUUAGCCAAAACUCGCAAGAUCCACGGAUUAGUAUCGGAGUAUCGGAAUUAUCACAACAUUCAACGAACAGUAGUGAAUUUUACUCGGAAUCAUCCGAACCAAAUACAACAACAUCAAGUCCAAAUGGAAAAAGACAAUAUAGCAUGUCGAGUAGUGGAUCAAAUGUUCCACGGCGGAAUUCUAGUAUGCGUCGUCAAGCGUCUGAAAUCGCGGCGGGGGAUGAUGAAAGAGUACUUGUACUAAAAUCAUCUCAUGAUAACUCGAACUUUAUUGAGGAUUUUGAUGGAGCACGUGACAGUGACGACAAAGUUUGA